AUGAGUGGUAGAUUGGAAUGCUUCUCCAUCGCACUUUUAUUCCUCAAUCUCGCCUUCGCCGAUCAAAUUAUUCCAGCUCAUACCGGGGCAUCUUUCAGUCGAAGUUCUCGAGAACCAAAGUAUAAAAUUGAAUUCCAUCCAGAAGAUGCACCUUUUCACCCUGAUGAGGAUCAAGAAUCUAUGAUUAUGCCAAACAAAAAUGGGGAGAAAUUUCUCUGCUUUCUACCUCGAGUGGAGAAAGCUAAGAGCGGAAAACCGGUUAAUCAACAGAAUACCAGCAGUUUGAUCUUGGAGUCUGAAAGACGCAUCAAAUUGAAGACACCAGAUGAGCUGCUCGAAGUAUUGAAAGAUCGUUGCUUUCUCAGGCAAGAGGGGUGGUGGUCAUAUGAAUUCUGUUAUCAGAAGAAGCUUCGACAAAUUCAUGUGGAGGAUGAUAAGGUGGUGCAAGAAUAUAUUUUGGGAGUAUAUGAUGCUGAAGCUACUGAAGCAUACCACCAAAACCGAUCUGAUAUCUCAACUCUGAAAGAUCCUCGCUCAAAAGAUGCAUCACAAAGGUAUCAUGCGCAUCAAUUUACAAACGGAACUGCGUGUGAUUUAACAAAUAAACCUCGAGAAACAGAGGUGAGGUUUGUCUGCUCGGAGCCGAGAGCUAUGAUAAGUUCUAUCACAGAAUUAUCAACUUGCAAGUAUGCUUUAACAAUUCAGUGCCCAACCCUUUGCAAGCAUCCAUUUUUCCAGGAAGAAAGGCCUGUAUGGCAUACCAUUAACUGCAAUGUACUCCCAAAAGAUUACAAGGAAUCUAAGGUUGAGGGCUCCAACUUUCAGGACGAGGCGAUUUCUAUGGUGACAGAUUUUGGAUAUCCUUCUGCUUUUGAUUCUGAGGAGUCAGCAACAUAG